UUAACCAACAACCACACACAAACGAGAGUCUGGUUAGCCACCAUGACACAGCCGUUUUCAUAUCUGGAUCUGGUGCAGCAAUGCGGCAAUAUGCGCGUGCGACACGCUUCGCCCAUCCCCUCGGCUUUCGACAACGAAAAACUCGUUCCGUUUUUCCUCUCGGCAGCACCUUCAAGCCCAGCCAUCGGCCUCCUACGCCCAGAAAUUGUCCGUCUUCUUGACGAGGCCAACCAGCAAUCCGGCCACAACAUCGUGUUCGACGGGGUGCCCAGCGACAGCGACAUCCCCGGACUAGGCGGCAAAAACGACCGAAUCAGCUUCCACGCGUCGAUCGAUACGCCCGCCAAGCGGAGCGCGGUCAUGAAGGCGCUAUGCGAACGCUGGCGGGACACAGGCAUCUAUCCCGACAUCAUCGGGCCAGGCAAGUGGCGCGACGAGCGCUACCCAGUUUAUCGCAACCCGUUUGGUCAGCACGACUACCCGGCUGCUGACGCUGGGGACAACGACGAGCUCAAUUACGCUUUUGAGAUGGAGCGCGCUGCAUGUGCGCUGUUUGGAAUCGUGACCUAUGGCGUCCAUCUCAGCAUCUAUCAAGAAGGAGUCGACCGGGCGUUGAAGGUGUGGGUUCCCACUCGGGCGAAAACUAAGUCGAUGUGGCCUGGCUAUCUGGACAAUACAGUUGCAGGAGGAAUACCAGCCGGCAUGCCUAUUUUCGAAGCCCUGGUCAAAGAAUGCAUGGAAGAAGCCAGUCUUGAAGAAGACCUUGUCCGAGAACAUGCGCGUGCGGUUGGGUGCAUAAGCUACUACUUCAGGACUUCAAAAGGCUGGCUCCAACCAGAGGUCGAAUAUCUCUACGAUAUUGCCAUCCCACCGAACAGUGAUGCGUCGCAAUUCGAGCCGAAGCCGCUUGAUGGCGAAGUCGAGCGUUUCGAUUUUAUGGACAAGAAAGAUAUCGAUGUCGCCAUGGGGGCUGGACGAUUCAAAGCGAACUGCGCUGCGGUGCUUGUUGACUUGUUUGUUCGCCUUGGACAUAUAACUCCUGAUAACGAGCCCGAUUACAUGAAUAUUAUAACGGGACUGCAUACGCGCUUUGACUACGACUUAUGGACGGCUUGA